AUGACUUCGACCAAGGAGUUCAACUUCAAGGCUGGAGCCGAUGUCUUCACACCUAAGGACCUCAUCGAGCUCGCCCGACCCGGUACUGGCCUGGCUAACCCUGAUGGCGAUCUCGUCCUCGUUCCGGUCUCGAAGUACUCCUUUGAGGAUAAAAAGAACAACAAGUCGAUCUACAUCGCGCCUUUGGAAUCCACGAUUCAACCUCUCCAGAUUCCUCUCACACACGGAGGGGAAGCCUUCUGGCUUGACUCGAAGACAGUUGGACAUGUUGUCACCAAUGAAGGCGACAAGGCCGCUUCUCUCUACGCUAUCUCCGUCAAAUUCACAACCGAACCAGACUCUCAGCUUACCCCUGAACCCCCUGUUCUCGUCGGCACAUUUCCCACCACCUCUGCCACAAACUUCCGCUACUCCUCGUCCACCGGAACGCUCGUGUUUUCGGAUUAUGUUUACGACGAUGGAAACUUGACCAAGGUGAAGGACAAUGAUGAGGCUUACGCGAAUAGGGGCAACACCGCCUUCGUGUACGAUGAAGGUUAUGAGAGGCACUGGGAUACGUGGACUGGACCGAAGAAAACCAGCCUCUUUACCGUCAAACUCGCUGUAGGGAAGAACGAGAAAUGGGAACUGGGAGAUGAAUGGGUGAAUGCUCUACAGGGAACAGGACACCACUCGCCCGUGGAACCCUUUGGAGGAACGGACGACUUUGACAUCUCUGGCCACUCUAUCGUCUAUACCGCCAAGGACCCAAAACUUCCUGAGGCAUCACACACAAGACAAAAUAUUUAUCUCGUGGACUUCAGUGGCGGUAAGCCUCGUGAGCUCACCUCUGGUGAGCAAGGUGCUACGCAUGCCCCGGUCUUCAGUCGUUCUGGCGACAAAGUUGCAUGGACGGAGAUGGACGAGGAUGGUUACGAGGCCGACCGUGCGAAGAUAGUCAUCUACGACUUGAGCAAGGACGUCCGCUUCACACUUACCCAGCCAUGGGAUCGCUCGCCCGACGCCCUUACUUUCUCUGAAGACGACUCCUUCCUAUAUCUCACUGCAGCUGACCACGCACGUAACAAAGUCUUCGUGCUCCCCGUUCCCGCCACCCCUUCUUCAUCCACGAAACACCCCUCCCUACCGCCACAUUACACCCAUCCUCGCCCACUCACCUCUUCUGGUGCCGCUUCUGGCUUAAAAGUCCUCAAAGGCGGUCGUCUCAUCUACACUCUCUCGUCCAUCACUGGCCCCAACGACGUUUACAUCAUUCGCGGACUCAAGGAUCUUGAGAAGGGUGAUUUGACCUCGACGUGGAAGAGCGACCCCGAACAGAUCACGAAGUUUACUGAGAAAGACCUAGAGGGCAAGGAUAUCAUCGCUCCAGAAGAAUUCACUUUUGAAGGCGCAGAGGGUGCAACAGUACAGGGUUGGACUAUCAAGCCGAAGGGGUUUAAGGAGGGCGCGAAGAAGAAGUGGCCGGUCGUGUUGCUGAUACACGGCGGACCACAGGGCGCAUGGGAAGAUCAGUGGUCUACGAGGUGGAAUCCGGAAGUGUUUGCCCAGCAGGGGUACUUCACCGUCGCCAUCAACCCCACUGGAUCUACUUCAUUCGGGCAAGACUUCACAGACGCUAUCGCCGAAAAUUGGGGAGGCAGACCAUUCGAGGAUCUACAGAAGGGUUGGAAGUACAUACUAAACAAGUAUCCUGAGAUCGACCAGGAGCGUGCCGUCGCGGCUGGUGCUAGUUGGGGCGGCUAUGCCAUCAACUGGAUCCAAGGGCAUCCUGAGUUCGGCUUCGGCUUUAAGGCUCUCGUAUGCCACGAUGGUGUCUUUGAUGCUCUGUAUAACGGGUAUUCCACCGACGAGCUCUUCUUCAACAUACACGAAUGGGGUGGCGUGCCACACGAACCUCGAGCUCGUGCGAUCAUCGAGAAAUACAACCCAAGAAACUUCGUCAACCACUGGUCGACGCCCCAACUCAUCAUUCAUGGCAGCAAGGAUUUCAGACUCCCCGAUACGGAAGGCAUCGGGGCGUUCCACGCUCUAAAACAGCGAAAUGUCCCAGCCCGCCUUGUAGUCUUCCCGGAUGAGAACCAUUGGGUGCUAAACCCCGGCAACAGCUUGAAGUGGCACUACGAGGUUUUCCGGUGGUUCCAUACGUAUGCUGGGAACGAUGAGGAGUAA